CACGUAACUCAGGCGUGGGGCGUCGUCGAAAUAUUUAAAAUAAUAAUCAAAUACCACCUCGUCAAUGGACAUGGUAGCCUAAACAAAUUCUUCGGGAGUGCUAGUAUACAUUUCAUUAGAGCCCCACAUUGAGUACGGCCAGGAUGAAGACGUUGACUUUCUUCUUGGUGGCCUUCUUGGCUAUUUCUGUUAGCUUUGGUGUGGAUAGGAACAAUUUUAAGACGUGCGAUCAAUCUGGUUUUUGCAAUCGGUUAAGGAAGUUUAAGCCGGAGAAAUCUCAAUAUGCAGUGAAUUUAGAUACCGUUAUUGUCCACGGGAGUGUUUUAUCAGCUGAAGUGAAUACUGUGGACACAUCUACGGAAAAAAAAAUCAUAUUGUGGCGGUACGCUCUACGUCUAUCAGCGCUAAAAGAUGGCACAUUCCGUAUUGAAAUGGACGAAGCAGAUCCUCUAUAUCCCCGGUAUAGAACUCAGCUUUCCCUGAAUGGAGAACCUAAGGGAGAUAGCUUGAAAUUGGUAUCAAACAUAAACGGCCAGUUGACUGUCAAGAACGGCCAAGGUCACAGUGUCGUCAUCACAGCUGAACCCCUUAAAUUCGAGUUCCUCGACAAGAAAGGAGACGUAGCAGUUGUUGUGAACGAGAAUUCUCAGCUGCUGGUUGAACCUUUGAAGGAAAAGGGAAAGAAAGCUGUUGAGAAUGAUGAUGAAGGAUCGUUGGCUGUGGAGGCAGAAGACGAAAGUGCAUGGAGUGAAACUUUCAAGUCCCACCACGACAGCAAACCACGUGGUAACGAGGCUGUUUCCAUCGAUAUCUCUUUCCCUGAUGCUGACCAUGUCUAUGGUAUCCCCGAGCACACGGACAAUUUCGCCCUCAAAACGACUACAGACGGCGAACCGUACCGUCUAUUCAACUUGGACGUGUUCGAAUAUGAAUUGAAUAGCCGCAUGGCUAUUUAUGGAGCUAUACCUGUUAUGUAUUCACAUGGAACAAAACGCAGCGCUGGUGUAUUCUGGCAUAAUUCAGCUGAAACCUGGGUGGACGUAGUGAACUACGCCGAGGGCACCGUCGUGUCUUCGUUGGUCAAUUUGGUCACUGGCGGACAGAAACGGCGUGUCGACGCUAGAUUCAUGAGCGAGUCUGGGGUAGUGGACCUUUUCGUAUUCCUCGGAGACAAACCCGCGGAUGUCUUCAGACAGUACAUCACGCUCACUGGAGUAGCUCCUUUGCCACCGAAAUUCUCCUUAGCCUACCACCAAUCUCGCUGGAACUACGUUGACCAGGCAGACGUACGCAGUGUAGAUGAAGGUUUCGACACUCACGACAUUCCCCUUGACGUGAUUUGGCUAGAUAUUGAGUACACUGAUGGCAAGAAGUACUUCACCUGGGAUCCAAUCAAAUUCGCGACUCCUCAGGACAUGGUUGCCAACUUAACAGCGAAAGGGCGCAAACUGGUAGUGAUCAUAGACCCUCACAUCAAGAGGGAGGCGGGAUACUUCGUGCAUGAAGACGCUACUGAAAACGGAUACUACGUUAAAAAUAAGGACGGCAAUGAUUACGAAGGUUGGUGCUGGCCCGGGGCGUCGUCGUACUUGGACUAUUUUAACCCCGUGGUUUCCAAAUAUUACUCCGAGCGUUAUCGGUUCGAGAACUUCCCCGGUACCAGCAAGGACGUCCACUUUUGGAACGAUAUGAAUGAACCUAGUGUAUUCAACGGUCCAGAAAUCACUAUGCCAAAGGAUUGCAGACAUUAUAAACCUCCCCAGGACGGACAUGAGGGACUGGCUUCAUAUUGGGAGCAUAGGCAUGUGCACAACGAAUACGGGCUGUUUUUCAUCCGCGGCACGCACGAGGGCUCUUUACAGCGAGCGGACUCCAAAUACCGGCCCUUCAUUCUGACUAGAGCUGUUUUCCCUGGCACGCAGAGAUACGCCGCGGUAUGGACCGGGGACAACAUGGCAGAGUGGGGCCACCUCGCAGUAACCGUGCCUAUGUGCCUGUCGUUAGCCGCUGCCGGGGUCAGCUUCUGCGGUGCUGACGUCGGCGGGUUCUUCAAAUAUCCGGAGGCGGAGCUCAUGACCAGAUGGUACCAGGCCGGAGCCUUCCAACCAUUCUUCCGAGCGCACUCCCAUAUCGAAACCAAGCGGCGUGAGCCUUGGCUGUAUGAGCCUGCCACCACUGCCUUGCUGCGCGAGGCCGUAAGACGCAGAUACGCUCUUCUAGACUUCUGGUACACGUUGUUCUACGAGCACUCGACCAAGGGCCUGCCCGUGAUGCGACCGCUUUUCCAAGAAUUCCCUGACGAGGAAGAGACUUUCACUAUUGAUGACGAAUAUUUGCUUGGUGCAAACCUCCUAGUACGUCCGGUAACAGAACCCGGUGUCAACAGCGUGAAAGUGUAUUUGCCCGGCAAGGAGUCCAAAACCAUAUGGUACGACGUGGACUCCUACAAGGCCAUUCCAGCUGCGGGAUACAUGCACCAGGAAGUGAAUAUUGGCAAGAUCCCGGUGUACCAGCGCGGAGGAUCGAUAAUUCCACGCAAGGAGCGCGUGCGCCGGUCAUCGGCGCUGAUGGCUGACGACCCCUACACGCUCGUCGUUGCCCUGGACGUCAAUAAAGCCGCCCACGGCACACUGUACAUAGACGACGGCGAGACCUACGAGUACCGCGACAGCAAGUACAUCUACGCAAAUAUCGAUUACAAGAAUAACGAACUUAAUUACACUAUCGUGAACAAAAAUGCCAAGUACCCAACUCGGUCUUGGUUGGAACGUGUUGUAAUCGCGGGCAUCAGAAACUCGCCCAAAUCGGCUAAGUUGACACAAGGUGACAAAACAACGGCUCUGCAACUGACAUUACACAAGGGUAACGACGUUCUGGUCGUGCGGAAACCUGGUGCCACAAUGGCGGCAUCAUGGACAAUCACAUUUGGAUAUUAAUAUUUAGAUUCCGUAAUUAGUCGGUGUUCUGUGUGAUCCGCUAGGUUAUUUAUGAGAAGUUAAAUGUGAGCUUUCUUCAUUUUCGACAAUCUGAACUUAAACGGCGUAAAGAGAUACUAGAAAUAAAGGGAAUCGAUUGCAUUGCACCCAUGAAGAACAAAAAUAUUUAUAUGUGCUGUUCUCUGUAAGGCCAAAAUGUAUUCUUUUUCUUUAUUAUACCGUAACGACUCAUUUGAAUGGAGCAUGACCCUAUUAGAACAUUAUUCAAUUGAUUAUAAUUAAUUUAAACGUAAAAUAUCCUUAAGCAAUAGGUUUAGUUGAAAUAAAACUUCACGUCAAAGUAUUUGAGGUUGUGUAAUUAUUAAUUUUUUAGUGAUACAAUCAGUAUCGAGUAUAUAACCAGAAAUAGAGACGAAAUGGCAUUUAAUUUGUUUGAAAACUAUACUGCCAUAUCAUUACU